AUGACUGUUAAGAAAGUUGAGAUCAAGGUGGAUAUAAACUGUGGGAAAUGCAAUAGCGCAAUCAUGGAAACAGUCACAGAGAUAGAAGGUGUGAAUCAUAUCUCAUUAGAUGAGGAAAAAAGCAUACUUACGGUGGUGGGGACAAUGGAUCCGAUAUGCGUAGCAGGGAGACUAAAGAAGAUUAAACAGAAACCAGUAAUCAUCAGCGUUGGACCACCACCAAAACCACCGGAACCUCCAAAGCCUCUACCAGCGCCUGAACCACCAAAGCCUGUGUGCAAUUGCAAGCCUAUGGAUUCUUACUGCGGGAGUUGUGAUAUUGUGUCUGUUACUACCUAUGAAAGUGGAAGCGGCUGCACCAUUGUUUGA